AUGGCACUGGAAUUCGGACAUUACAUAGCAAUUCAUGUGUGUAUUGGAAUUGCCAUACUCAUAUUAUCAACAGUGAUUCUUGAUAUAUGUUCACGGUUCGCUCCCCGUAUUUACAGCUUUCUCAAUGCUCGUCUUUUUGGCAUCAAAGUUACUUACGAACCCGGGAAGAACAGUGGCAACGCUGAAAGUAAGAAUGGAAAGAAAGUUGGUCGUUUUGAAAUAACAAUUGAUGAUCGAACAGUCAAAUCACACGCUCCAGGAGCUAAUCAACAUUUUCUUACUUUUAUUGGUGCUGUAACUUUAUCAAUGGCACUGAUGGCUCUUUUCGAAGGAUGUAUUCUAGCUAGUGCAGGUCUUUAUCCAGGUGAUGAGUGCCCUAGCGAUCCAAUGACUUGUUUUGUUUUCGACAAUUCUUCAAGUAUUCCUACGGCAAGUUCGUUUAACUGUACACCGAACGUUAUUCCAACUAUGCCCAUUAAUGGAACAAAUGCAUGGUGUUAUGGAUGGGUCAUCAAAAGAAAUACAGUUAGCCGAGUUAUUAAUCAAAUUGGUGUAUGUGGUGGAAUUCUAGCCGUGAUUGGUACACUCUUUGCAUUUAUGUUUCAAGCACAUACUGGUGUCGCAUUUGCAAUACUAUUGCUUUCAAUUCUUACUUUUAUUACAAUGAUCGUUUUAGCUCCUGCAAUCAAGGUGUCUUUUUCCGUCUUGGCCUAUAUCGUCUGCAUUAACUGCUUCAUCACUGGGUUAGCAGGUUGUCUAUUCAAUAUUGAUGAAGAACCGAAUGAAAGUGAAAAAGAAUCACAGAAUCCUACUAAUGAUCGAGCUAACGGUUCAUCUGCUAAGGUUUCUCAUGUAUCUAAGGGUAAAAAUAAGAUUACACCUGUUUCAACCUAA